UUUUUUUUUAUUUUCGUGUCAUGCGUCUUUUUCUUUUUUCUUUUUCUUUUCAUAUUGAUAAAUCAUGACUCAAAAAGCUACUUCGUUUGUUCUUAAUUGUAAUUCAUCCAUGGCCGUUGAUUUACCGACCAUUGGUAAAACAGCCUUUCAAGCAGGUAUUGAUGUUAUCUUAGAUGCUCUUGGUGAAAAGGUUUUAUAUGACAGAAAGAUGGAUAAAGCCAAUGUUAUUCUUUCGGGUACCACAGGAACUGAAAAUGAACUAGCGGACGAAAACGCUGACCAAUACCAGCACAUUACAACUGUAUGUCCUAUUAUGCAACCCAACGUAGCUACUUUACGGACACUAGUCAAUUGUACGGUCUCGGAAUCAAAAGAUAUGAAAGCAGAUAUUAUGGAUGCAUUGAUUUUGGCAAUACACAUGAUUGUCAAGGGUUUUGGACGACUGAAGUAUAUCAAACAAGUUGUAUUAAUUACCGAUGCGGUGGAUCCUAUUGAUUGGAGGGACGUGGAUGAUGUCAAAGGAAUGCUUGAAACUGAAAAUAUUAAACUGGUGAUUAUUGGUGUGAACUUUGAUGCAAAUGGAGUCAUCAAGGAUGAAAAUGAAGACUCAAAAUCACAACAAAUCAAGGUUUGGAAUCAACAAAAUUGGAAGAAAUUAAGUCAAACUGUCCCUGGUGCUACUAUUCACAGUAUACACGAAGCUUAUGAAAAUGCUAAAGGAAUGAAAACUAAAGAAAUCAAGCCCAUGCCAUCGUAUCGAGGAUUUCUAUAUCUAGGAGAUCCAAGAAUGUAUGAUCAACGUGCAUUGUCUAUCAAUAUCAAUAUGUUUCCUCUUACAUCUGUUGCGCAUCCACCUGCAGCAAAGAAAUGGUCGACCUUAUCAGAUCUUGUACAGAAUAAGAACAACGAUGCAUCGUCAUCACCGAGACAUCUUACACACGCAGUUAACAUGAUAAGGAAAUAUCGACUUAAGGAUACAGGCAACAAUACCGAUACACAACAACCAGCUCAUGAUGAUUCCUUUCUUGAUGUGGAUCCCAACACUUUGGAGAAAGUAUACCCAUUUGGCAAAACCUUGGUCAAGAUCACUGCAGAAGAAGAAGAAUAUCUCCGGAUACAAACAACACCUGGGAUGUGGAUCAUUGGUUUUUUAGGAAAAGAUGCCGUUCGUCGGGAUUAUAUCUUAUCAAAGGCAUAUCUCAUUGUAGCUGGUGCAAACAAUACAGAGCCAUCGGGUGUGGCCAUAGCUGCUUUGGCAAGAGGUCUAUAUGAAAAGGAAGCUUUGGCUUUGGUGCGAUAUGUGCAAAAGGCAAAUUCGGAACCAGUAUUGGGCAUUAUUUCACCUUAUAUUGAUGUAGAUAUCAAUGCAUUAGAAUUCUGUCAGAUUGCUUUCGCAGAAGAUAUUCGACAAUAUACUUUCAAUAGUUUGGACAAGGUAGUUUUGAAGUCAGGAAAAAUCAUCACGGAAGAUCAUCCAUUGUUACCUACACAAGAAAUGAAAGAAUCUAUGACCGAUUUUGUCAAGCAUAUGAGCAUAAAAACAGAAGACCAAGAAGAAGAUUAUCAAGAUGCAUUCAAUCCAUUGAUUUGGCGAUUCCAUACUGCUAUCAAGGCACGUGCUAUGAAUGAAGCGGCUCCUAUUCCCGAACUACAUCCAAAACUGAAACAAGAGAUGACAAGAAAUCCUAUUCUGGAAGAAGAGAAUAGUGAUCGUAUGAAACAAAUGGCAUCUUUAUUCCAAGUCAAAAAAGUGGACCUUACCAAAAAGCGAAAAGGGAAAUAUGGAAGAAAUAAACAAACAACUGAUUCUGUGGUGACGGAUAGUAGUCAAUUGACACCGAUUGAACAAGUGAUGAGUGGAGCAAAACAAGGAGAAGAACCAGAUAUGAAACGCAGCAAGAUGGAUAACAAUAAUGGAGCUCUCCGUAUAGGUGUCAAUCAUCCAGUGCAAGAUUUUUAUGCAAUGCUGAACAACGAACAAGAUUUAGUGACAGCGGCUGUAACACAAAUGUCUGAAUUGAUUCAACAUCUGGUGACCACUUCGUUUGGAGAUCAACAUUACGACAGAAUCAUGGAUUGUUUGAAAGUCUUUCGAGAAGCUGCUGCCAAAGAAAAUGAAGCUGGCGUCUUUAAUCAGUGUCUUUAUCAACUCAAACGUAUUAUUGAUCCUGCUAGCAAAACGUCUCGAUAUGAUCUUUGGCAACGACUACAAAAGGAAAAUAUGACUUUGAUUACUAAAGAUGAAGCUAUGGAUGAUGAAGUAGCCAAUGUGACAAAGGAUGAUGCUGAAAAGUUUUUAACUGAUACAGAAAAAGAAUCCACCUUAUCUUCUGCUCCAUCGAGUAAACCUGAAGAAAAUAAUGAUAUGUCUACAGAAGAUUUGCUUGCUAUGAUGGAUUGAUGACAGCCAUUAGGUUAGGUUAGUUUAUAUAUAUUCAAAUAAAAAUAGAUCCAAAAACAGAAUUGGCUGGAAAUGGGACACGUUUGUGUCACGGACUGUGUUUGAUUCUUUGUUCUUUAUUAUCCUUUUUCUGCAUGUCAAUGGAACACAAAUAAACCCAACAAAAAAAAAAGUUAAAAGAGAUGUUGAUUCAGGGCACCAUUCCUCCAUAAAUAAAUAAAUAAAUAAAGACAACCAACAAAAAGUUUAUGAAAACUUUUUAUAUGAAUUUAUGUAGAGAUAGAUAGAGAGAAUAGAUUAUGACAAACCACAACUCCGCAGACUGACUCACGUUUUACAGAAAAAUAAAAAAAA